AUGUCAGAGCAGCACGCAAACGCACAAGCUGAAUUCCGGAUCGCCAUCGCCGGUGCAGGAAUCGGUGGUUUGACAGCGGCCAUUGCUCUAGCGCGCCUAUUACCCUCGAACGUGAGCGUGACUAUCUUCGAACAGGCUACGGAAUUAAAAGCGGUUGGCGCAAGCAUUGGGAUAGGACCAAAUGGCCUACGCUCUCUUUACAAGCUCGGCGUUGACCCGGCGUUGAUUGAAGAGUUCGCUUUUCGGCAGCCUAGUGGUCGGCCUUUUGUCUACCUCCACUGGUUGACGGGCGAGGUGCUUAAAGAAACCGCCCAUCAAACAGUCAAAGAUCCUCGCGAUGCCAUGGCUCGCUUCCACCGGGCAGACCUUCAGAAACUUUUGCUUGAGAGUUUACCUGAAAAAGUGACGUUGAAGCUAAGCAAGAGAGUGAAAGCUGUGCGUAUCCAGCCACCACAGGAGGGCGGAGGCGUUCUGCUUGCUUUUGAGGAUGAAACUACCUUCGAGGCAGAUCUCUUGGUGGGAGCAGAUGGCAUUCAUUCGGCGGUCAGGAAGGUCUUUGUGCCAGGACAUAGUCUCCAAUGGACGGGGGAUAUACUCUUUAGGUCUACCUUCGAUAAAUCUUUGGUGGAAAAGAUUGAAGGUUUGCCCGACGAUGCUGUAUUUCACUGUGGACCUAACGAGAACUUUCUCUUUACAUCCCGAUUAGGGAAAACCCAGUAUACUGUCGUCGGUCAAACGCAGUCUGAUCCCGAUGAUCCAGAAAAUCCAUAUCGCACGGCAGAGUGGAAUACGGAAGGGGACGUGACUAAAUUGAGAGACUUAUACAAGGGCUGGCAUCCAACCGUGGAGAAUAUCUUGAAAGCGACACCAACCACACGACUCUACCCAAACCACCUGGGCACACCUCUCAAAUCAAUGGUCUUUGAAAGCCAUGUUGCCUUGAUUGGCGAUGCCGGACACACUCAUGGUGGCGCUUUCGCAUCUGGGGGCUCCCUGGCAAUGAACGAUGCACACGCUCUUGCGUUAGCCUUGGCGCAUGUCUGGCCAACCGAAAAGGACGCAAAGCCAGACCGUCAGCAAGUAGCGAGGGCAUUGGCUCUAUUUGAUGGAACUCGGCGGCCUCAUGUCAACAAGCUCAUUGAACUAGUGCAGAUUGGGUUGGCAGCCCGGCAGGCGAAAUUAAGGGACGUGCGGAAGGUGGAGGAAACUGAUGCAGAGUUGAGGGAGAGGAUAUCGGGACUAUCGGAUAUCGCAUGGCUUGCGGAGCAUGAUGUAGAAGCUGCAUUCCGAGACUUCACACAAACUAAGGUUGCGAAGCUUUGA